AUGAAGUGCUCUAAUUCAUUGGGACACUGGGUGAUACCCAAUGCCGAGCACUGGUUACCAGUCAGAGCCUGGAUAUUUGCUCAGGCUGCAUUUCUUUGAGAAGAUGAGCUGCGUUGCUGCCUUCAGGAGGAAUCUGAAUGACAAAGUUACAGUGGGCUCCAGCGAGGAUGUGAACACGAGCUCUGUGACGGAGGAGAUCUCUUAUCAAGAUCACAAGGAGCCCCUCUCAUUUCUACUUCCUCUUCCUCGCCUUCAUUCAUCUUCACCAGUCUCUCCUCCAUCAGACCAGGCCUACCUGCAAGCGGCAGUCAUUUUCCAGCAGCUGCGGACGGAGAAGCCGGUCGCACAGAAACAUCUGCAUUAUGGGAAGAAGACAGACAACCCACUACCAGAGAGUGGAGAGAGACGGGCUUACCAACUCGCCUUCAACGCACUCAAAUACCAAGAUUUACUGGAGGACAUCAUUACUGAUAGCUGCUUCCAAACUUCUCAGCAAAUCUCUGCCGACUUGUUGCCGUUGGCGACGGUGAUGCUGUUUGACUUCCAGGACCGAAGGUUUUUGUUGCGUGAACGCUCAACAAAGGAAGGGGAGGAGCCUCUCCGGGAAGUCAGGGACCUGGAGAGCAAUCUGCAGAGGUGUAAGACCAAGCUGGCAGCAUCUCUAGCUCGCUGCAGAGUGAAACAGAGUCUGCAGAGCGUCUCCUGUUUUCUGUCUGAUCCUGUCAGGACCAAACAGCACAGAGCAAAACAUCUGCCACUUUAUGCCUGGGUCAAUACUCUCAAGAUCAGUGUCGAGGAUGUGUGUGAAGCAAUACGAAGCGCCGGCUUGUGCGAAGUGAAGAUCAUGGCUGACCUCAGAGAGGCGACGUUCUGCAGAGACCCUCUCUGUCCAGACACACUCGUCUUCUCCCGACAGCUUCACGCUCUGCUGCAGCACAGCAGCCUCGCGACUACACAUGCACUUAACACACAGGACAGGAGUGUGUGUGUGGCAGUGAGCGCGUUACGCCCCCUGCUGUUUGAUAACGGUGACGUCCUGGUGGCGGGGUCUUUCUCAGCCGUGACCGUGGCUCACAUAGCUGUGGCGGCCGCUGCCCGCUCUGGCCGAGUGCUGGUGUGCGGUGCCGAUCACACACCUUUACAGAUAGAGGAGAUGCAAGGACUACUCACACGAAUGGACAUCAAGAAUGUGCGAGUUCUGUCAGAAGCCUUCUGUGGUCUGGAUGAGUGGGAUGCCACCGUCCAGCGGUUAAAGGUCAUCAUCGUGCUGCCUCAGUGUUCGUCUUCCGCGCUCAACGACCCUGUGCCCACCAUCCACAGUGAACACGGAGACUGGGAUCUACUGCCAGACUUGUGUCAAGGCUCUGUAUCCCGGAGCAAAAUACACACAAUGGCCAGCCAGCAGGCUCGACUACUGGAACACGCUCUCUCCUUCCCAAAGGUUCAGACGUUGGUGUACUGCACACGCUCAGUGUAUCCAGAGGAAAAUGAGCAGCUGGUGAAAAGAGUGUUAGAGAAAACACACACUCACCCCAAACUGCUGCCCUUCAGGGUGAACGGUCCGAUUUUCCCCGACGACUCCCAGUCAGGAGACGCGACGGACUCCAAGUUCUUCAGGCUCGAUACAUCUCCGUUCACCAACGGCUGCUUCAUCGCACGGCUGUCCCGACAGGCGGAUCCCACUAAGGUAGAAACAGUCCACGAUGUGCUUGCGAGGGCAGCGGCAAAGGGCCUCCUGGGUGGAAUAAUUCCUGAACAAUCAAAAACCAGUAAAAAGGGGAAGAGCAAGAAGAAUCGCGUCGCGUCAGCCGGCAGCAAACCUCCAUCCCCCUCGAGCCUAGAGAGGCCGACAGGAAGGGAGGAUGUGAACGGAGAAGAUCCUGUCGCACCUUCAGAACAUGAGGAGAAGAAAGGUGAAUGUGGUGAGGACGAGGAAAAGGACGAAGAUAAGGAGGGAAAGAAGAGGAGGGGGCUUAAAGGGAGUAAGCAAAAGGUCAAACGUCGACCAAAGCAAACCACAAUCUCAAAGCUGCACCCUAAAGGCCACAAGAAGAAAUCAUCAAAGAGAAAAGUCAACCAGUCACAUCACAAGAGGCGCUUCACAAAAACUAAACCGAGAAGAAUACCUCGUCUGACACUGACGUUAAUGUCCUCCGCAAACCCCUCCAACCACUUGUCUCCAAUCACAGCCCUCGCUCACAAGCUAAGUAACAAUAUAACGAUGAAAUCACAGCAGACUGUCUCGAGCAGCCCGUCUCCUGUCCGUCCUGCUGCCUCCAAGCAGGUGCAGAGAUUCAAGACAGAGCCUGACAGAGCAGAGAAAACACUGAAGAACGCAGCUGGACCAGAAGGCCUGUUUAAGGCCAGAGGAAAGGUGGUCAGACCAAAGAAAGAGGUGGUGACAGAGGACGUGUUGAAACCUGCAGGUUUUAUCCUGCCACCCAUUUCCUCCCCGUCCUCCAGCUCCGUCAGCAGCAGGAGUUCUCCCCGUCAGCGUCCGUCCCGGACCUCCCUCUUUCAGCUCGCUCAAAUAUCUGCCUCCUCCUCCUCCUCCGUCUCUCUGCCUGGAUUAUAGAAAAGAUCACUGAUGUUGUGGUGAAUUAAAUCAUCAGCGUGUUCUGACAAUCAUAAAGGACUACCGAGUAAAUUAUUUGCAAGUAUUACCAAAAAUAUUAAAUGAUUGUAUUGUAAGUUAAGUUUGAGAAAUAAAAAUAUACAGUAUGAAAAGGAA